GAGGUCAAAUACUGUGCACUGAAGACUGUCACAUAAGUGUUGGGCUAAUUUGUCAUCAGCACCACCGUAAGGUUCUGUGGCAAGAGUUGUGGUCUUUAUAAUUUUUUGGACGUGGCGAAGCAUCUGCGUUUGGCAAGUAGGUGAACUGGUGUUACACCCUCACUUUUGAAGGGACGAAGUGGACGAUUGAAUAAAAGUGGUGUUUGAUGAAAGUUGGAGGGGCCCAUUCGCCGGUAGCUGACCAUGGUGGAGAAGGCGAGGUCGUGCGAGCGCUGGUUGCUGGUCGUGAUGGUUGGGGCGCUGCUCUCCGCGAGGUCGUGCAACCUGCUGCCCGACAACCUCAACCUCGAUGACGAUCCGUCGGAUGAUGGGGAUGGCAGUUUCUGGAGCCAGCGCUCAUACGGUGGGUACGUGGACGACUUCCUGGUGAAGCUGCGACACGCAGUCGUCGACGAUGGCCUCGACCCGUUGGAGCCUCCAGAUGAAGUCCAGGACAUAGAUGAGAGAUCUGGACUGUCAACGUGGCACGCCGACGUGAGGCUGGAGCCGAGGGACAUGAGGGCCCUGAGGAAAGACAGCGCCGCCUUCGACGCCUGCCAGAGGCACGUGCAGGAGCAGGAGGACGACCAGGAGCUCGGAGACGUCUUGCUGAGCUACAUGUUCCUGGGGCGCGUGCUGCGAGUGGCACCUGCUGGCGACAUCUUUGGCCAGCAGGAGGAGCUGAGGACGAGCGUCGAACGCUGGGUGGAAACGCUGCCCCUGCUGGUGGACGCCAGCCCCUGGUCAAAGGGCCACGCCAGCCGAUUCAUACACAUAAGGAACCGACAGCUUACCAGGUAUAUCCCACUGACGGCUUCUGGGGCCAGAAGUGACCACCAGCGUAGACACUUUUGGAGGAGGUGACGAGGCGACUCGGGAUCACUACUGUGCGGCCAGUACCUCAGGAACGAGAUGUGUGAAGCGCCUUACACUGGGCAAAGUGCAUACUCGAAUGGACAGAACUGAGGUGGCUCGCAACCUACUCACAUCGCUUCAGACCGGGCCGCGUCAUCUCUCUCCACGUUCCCGUGGGGACGAUGAGACUGAUAUCAUGUCUCUUAUAGAGACCUCUUACGUCUAUGUGGAUCAUUACUGCACAGAGGUUGGACAAAAUAACACGCUCAUGCACCUAGUCUGUGGCAGUACUGCUUACGACCCGUUCUGGCACAAGUGAAAACCAAAAAUGAAAUUUAAUUUGUUACAGACAUCCCACUGAAAGAAAACUCUGGGAAUAAAUUGUUUACACUAGGGUGUCCACAUUGUUUUCAGUUUCCCGUAGUGGACACACUUUGAUACAACUGCAUCUUAGACUGACCGCUCCAAAGAGGGCAUACAGAGUGGUUGUCAUAGAUAUAUUGUUCUAUUUAUAUUUAUCAUUUGUGUAUGUUCAGAUUGUUUGUGUUCUUAUAUUUAACUAUUUAUAAACAGUCUUUUCAAAUAUAAUGAACAUCUGUUUGUCUGUGUUGUAAUAUUUUCUAUUUAUACACAACUUCUAGAGAUAUGACAAUAAAUUGAUACAUAUGUACCAUAUAUUAUGUAUAAAAUAUAUUAUUAAAAUUACCCACUAAAUCACUAA